AUGCAUAAAAUUCGGUCCUAUGCGCGGCGGUCUGCGUGGUACGAUGAGGAUGGAGAGGCAAGCCACAACCCCUUCAAGAAAGCCCGGGUGAAUAAACGCCGCUCGACAAACACCUCAAGACAACUAGAGGACGGCAUACUGCAUCGCAGUACAGAAGGUAGUAUUCAAACAUCGACGGAGCGCCGGCGCCUCAACGACCUGAGUCAUGGCCUCCAAGCAGGAGAUCGUGCUGACACCUGGCCCACUACAUCAGCGCCGCUGCCUUCUUCUUCCCAAACCCAGGAAGGAAGCAUACAGGAAAAGCACGCCCUAGAACCCGCGGGCAGCCAAGAUCCGAUCAAUGUCUCGCGCGGCAUCGACGGCGACAAUAGUGAAGAUGGAGCAACCAGACGCCGGAAGCAAACCUCUACUUCUCUAACUGAUCGAGACGACUUGACCACGACGAAGAGCGUGGAUUCCGGCAAGAGCGAAAAGCCUGUGUUUACAGUGGGCAGUCAGCUACGAGCGACCAUUCUUAAUUCAUGGAUCAAUGUGCUGCUGGUCUGCGUUCCUGUUGGAAGCACAGUUGCUCUCAAUUAUACCAACGUGAGCAGAACGGCUGUUUUUGUCGUUAACUUCAUUGCCAUCAUCCCGCUGGCCGCGAUGUUGAGUUAUGCGACGGAAGAGAUUGCGCUUCGAACUGGAGAAACGCUCGGUGGUCUUUUGAAUGCCACUUUUGGCAAUGCGGUCGAGUUGAUCGUUGCCAUCAUAGCACUCGUUCAGGGAGAAGUGACUAUUGUGCAGACUUCCUUGAUUGGAAGUAUGCUGUCCAACUUGCUCUUGGUCAUGGGCAUGUGCUUCUUCUUUGGCGGCCUCAACCGUAUUGAGCAGAAGUUCAAUGAAGUCGUUGCGCAGACUGCUGCCAGUCUUCUAGCGCUUGCAGUGUCUAGUUUGAUCAUCCCCACAGCAUUCAAGAAAUGGGCUGCCGGUGGUGCUCAGCAUACUGAUGAGCUUUCACGCGGAACUUCCGUCAUUUUACUCGUGGUGUAUGGCGCCUAUCUCUUUUUCCAGCUCAAAUCACACGCGGAAAUAUACAACAAACCCAGCGAGAAAACCGAGAAGAGAAACAAAGGUCGCGCCAAGGGCGACACUAUCAAGGGCAUGGUUGCAAUAGGCAACCUUGGCGCCAGCAUGGCCAGUGAUUCAGCCAAACGCGAUCUCGACACGCGGGCAAGCGAGGAGGACGAGGAAGAAGACAAAGAGGUGCCACAGCUUCAUUUCUACGUGGCUGUCCUUACGCUCGUUAUAUCGACGGUGUUUGUGGCUCUCUGCGCCGAAUUCAUGGUCGACGCCAUUGACGCGGUGACGUCGGGUAAUAGCGGGAUUUCAGAAACAUUUGUCGGACUGAUAUUGCUGCCCAUUGUCGGAAACGCAGCCGAGCACGCUACCGCAGUGACAUGCGCGGUGAAGGAUAAGAUGGAUCUCGCUAUUGGAGUUGCAGUGGGUUCGAGUAUGCAGAUCGCGCUGUUGGUGCUUCCUUUGAUUGUUGUCAUUGGGUGGAUUAUGGGCAACGACAACAUGACUUUGGACUUUGGCGACGGCUUUCAAGUCGUAGUUCUAUUCGUGGCCGUUCUGCUGGUCAAUUAUCUGAUUGCUGAUGGCAAAUCUCACUGGCUCGAGGGCGUCUUGCUCAUGACAUUAUACAUCAUCAUAGCCAUUGCAGCAUGGUUCUAUGACUGA